UCCAUCUCUUCUCCUCCUCCUCCUCCUCCUCUUCCUCUCUCUCCUCCACCCUUCACUCUUGGCCUCCCCCUUCCUCAUCUUCAUCGUCAUCAUCAUCCUCAGAGGAAGACGGACAGGGACCCCGCUGACCCUCGCCGCACCGGGUCAUCAUGGCAACGGUCAUCUGCACUCGUUUCACUGAAGAGUAUCAGCUGUAUGAGGAGCUGGGCAAGGGAGCGUUUUCAGUGGUGCGGCGCUGCGUGAAGGUACUGUCAGGUCAGGAAUACGCUGCCAAGAUCAUCAACACCAAGAAACUAUCAGCCAGAGAUCAUCAGAAGUUGGACCGUGAAGCCCGUAUCUGUCGUUUACUGAAGCACCCCAACAUCGUUCGGCUACAUGACAGCAUUUCAGAGGAGGCUCAUCAUUACCUCAUCUUUGACCUGGUAACAGGUGGAGAGCUAUUUGAAGAUAUUGUAGCGAGAGAAUAUUACAGUGAAGCUGACGCCAGUCACUGUAUCCAGCAGAUUUUGGAGGCGGUGCUUCACUGUCAUCAGAUGGGCGUGGUCCACAGAGACCUGAAGCCAGAGAACCUUCUUCUGGCUUCCAAGUCCAAAGGAGCGGCUGUGAAACUGGCUGACUUUGGCCUCGCCAUUGAGGUGGAGGGAGAUCAGCAGGCAUGGUUCGGUUUUGCAGGAACUCCUGGGUAUCUGUCUCCAGAGGUUCUAAGGAAGGAUCCUUACGGGAAAGCUGUAGACCUCUGGGCCUGUGGUGUGAUCCUGUACAUCCUCCUGGUUGGUUAUCCUCCAUUCUGGGAUGAAGAUCAACAUCGUCUUUACCAGCAGAUCAAAGCUGGAGCGUAUGAUUUUCCCUCCCCAGAGUGGGACACAGUGACUCCUGAAGCCAAAGAUCUUAUUAAUAAGAUGUUGACCAUAAAUCCGUCUAAACGGAUCACAGCAGCAGAGGCGCUCAAACACCCGUGGAUAUCUCACCGCUCCACUGUGGCGUCCUGUAUGCACAGACAGGAGACGGUCGAGUGUCUGAAGAAGUUCAACGCCAGGAGGAAACUGAAGGGAGCUAUCCUCACCACCAUGUUGGCCACCAGAAACUUCUCAGGAGGAAAGAGUGGAGGCAACAAGAAGGCAGACGGCGUCAAGGAGUCGUCUGAGAGCACAAACACCACCAUCGAGGACGAGGAUACCAGAGUGAGGAAGCAGGACAUCAUUAAAGUCACAGAGCAGCUCAUCGAGGCCAUCAGCAAUGGAGACUUUGAGAGCUACACGAAGAUGUGUGACCCGGCAGUGACGGCGUUCGAGCCUGAGGCGUUGGGAAACCUGGUCGAAGGGUUAGAUUUCCACCGCUUUUAUUUUGAAAACUUGUGGUCAAAGAACAGUAAACCCGUCCACACCACCAUCCUGAACCCUCAUAUCCACCUGGUGGGUGACGAGGCCGCCUGCAUCGCUUACAUCAGAGUCACGCAGUACAUUGACGCCAACGGCACGCCACGCACCGCCCAAUCAGAAGAGACCAGGGUGUGGCACCGCCGGGAUGGCAAGUGGCAGAUUGUCCACUUCCACCGCUCAGGCUCUCCCUCCACGCUCAGCAAUUAACGACCACAGUGGGCGGGUCAUUGAUGGAUCAACUCUCGCCUUGACAACCGAUUGAUUGACAGCAGGCCAGGCGUCUGAUACCAACCGAUGUGGAUUUAGUUUGACAAAAACAAGAUGGAGGACGGAGAGGGCGGGGCCAGAAAGCAGUGAACUGCACAACCAACCAAUCAGCUUCCUUCUUUCAGCUCAUCUGGACUUCAGUCGCGCCCUCCACCUCGUAAUUAACCAAUCACCUUCACAGCAAAGAUUGUAAUGGCGUGUGGAAACCUCGUAUCUCCAGCUUUAUUCACUCCCUGUUUCAGGAUGAUUGACAGGAGUCACGCUCCGCUCUACAACUGACCCCAACAAAAAGCUUUAGAUCAAAUUAAUCAGUCUUUGGCAUGUUUAAUAUGAAUCCUUCUUAUUUAACUCUUUAUAGGUCAGCAUUGAUCAAUCACAUUAUUCAUAACUGAUGACAUCACCUUUAUUAACACCAAUCAAUGAGCUAUUGAUCUAUUUAGAGCAAUCUAGAAUCAGAGAGUCUAACUCACAGUCCAUCCACGUGAAACCCUCUUUUUUUAUUUUCGGCCCAGCUUGUCUCCUGGUGAUGUUUCGAUGGUAUAUACGGCUGUGUUUUCUUCUAAUGAUGCUGAUUGGUCAGAUUCGUUCUCAGACCUGGUUUCACACCGGAGCUUUGACGGGUGGAUCUGCUCGAUGACAGACAUGAAUCUGGAUGAUCCAUCAGCUUAGCUUUUAUACUUUAAAUAACAACAAUUGAAAGCAGCUCUUAAAUGUGAGUCGGUAUCUUUAGCUUACUAAAAGAACCUGCCGUUAGAAUCAAGCUCAUCCAUGAGCUCACCCAACAACCCCAGCUUCACUAACAUCCCUUUGUCCUCUGACUUUGAUGACGUCAUCCUUUGAAUCCUGAAAGGUGAUGUCAUCCAAGCACAUAAAACAUUCCAUCUUUGCCUUUAAGAAAUGAUGUCAUUCCUGUAAAACAGAGGUUCUCAACUGGUGGGUUGGGGCCCGAAAGUGGGUCGCAGUGCUGGUCUCAGUGGGUCACAAAGGUGUGGGUAAGAGUCCAUGAUGUCUGGAGGGCCCACUCUGAAAUAAAUCCUUCUAUUUUAUUAGACUCGAGUUCUACGCCUGUUUAGCUCCUUUUCUGAAAAACCCUCUGCUUUUCUGAUUUUGAUGUUUUAGUUUCUCUGAAUCUUUAGAAAAAAGCCCAAAUGUCCACCUCACCUCGUCACAGGACAGGGACUAGGGUUCUACAGUAACUUCAGAACUCUAUUAAAUACAGUUAAAUUGUGGAAAAUUUCUCAGUUAAGCCCUUUUCACACCGCCACGCGGCAACUCACCGCCUCCAGUCAUUUUAAUGAGGGACGGGCAGCAGACGGGAAGCGGUUUUAACGGCAGUAGGACCCAGACGCGGUUGCCGCCCACGUGAACGCGCACAGGUGUUGCCCUGCCGCUCGGAGUUCAGCAUGUUGAACUUUCUGGUGGCAGCCGCCUGGCAACAGCCAAUCACUCCAAAGGAGGGAGAGAACCUGGAAAUAGCAGACUUCAUGCGUCUAAGCAAACAAUGGAGGAGCUCAUAAUGUUGGUGUCGGAAUAUCCUGAGCUCUACCGUUGUACAAAGACAACCAGAAGAAAAGUUGUGGAACCAACCACUGAAACGUGUUUUCUAGGGGGAAUUAUUUUGAUGACAGAACCAUAUUUUUCCCCCCGUUUUAUAGUACAUUAUACAUGUUAAUGUACAGGGAUUGUGAGGUACUCCACAUGUUUUUGGGGAGGGGGUGUGUGACGGACUUGUGGGCGGGCUCUGCUGUGACGUCCACCGAAGCACCUCUAGGUCAUUGCUGCCCUGUACUGCGGCGGCAGCAGCUGCUUUAAAAAACGCUCAGCAUUUCAGGGGACUCCUCCGGCAGGGAGGCGGUUUUCAGGGUAGUUACCACGCGGCGGUGUGUAACCGGCUUUACUCAUUCAGGAGGGUGGGUGGGUCCUGAUCCUAGACCAGCUGAGAACCCCUGCUUUAAAGCCUACAAAGUACUGGAUCAGAACAGACCUAUGGGUCCACAUUGAGGAUUACCACCUGGUAUGAGAUUACCCAGCACGGAUGUUAAUGUGAGGUAUAAAGGGGGCCAUGAUGGAGGGCUGUAUUAAAAAUCAUUUACUGACGUUGUUGUUCUGCAUAAAUACAGCAGCUUUGAAUGACUGGAAACAAUCAGACCUCUACCUACAGGAAUAAAUGUUCCUAUUAGUUAUAAACCAGGGAAGCUGAUUCACUGAGAAUAAAUGCGAUUAAUUAUUCUUUACUUCUGCUGCUGACUGGGGGCGGGGCUUCAUAUGUUGUGAAAAUAGCGAUCAUUAAUGUGCUCUGGAGAUACGAGGUUUCCACAUAAAACCUUUAGAUAGUGCUACAUAACAUCAGCUGUUGUCAUGGUAACCGAUUAUUAUAAUGAGACCCAUCAUCUCCUCGUCAUGCCAGUUUAAAUGUUUAUAACGUGAUAAUAGAGAUAGAUUCUUUAUUAUAUUUUUAUUUCAUCUAUAAAGUCUUAGAAUGUUUGUUUUAUAGUUUUAUGAUGAAAAACUCAAACUGGUGUAUUGUAGAUGUGGCGUGGAGAUGUUUGGGUCCGACACUAACUUCAGCAUCAAUAACUUGUUUUAACAGAGAUGAUGUAAUAACAGUAAUAAUUUACAAUUAAAUAUGAGAUGUUCACGACGGCGUCCACCUCAGGACGCUUGUCUCUGCUUCCAUCGGGCUCAGAGAGCUCGCCAAUCUUCCAUUGCUCUUUCACCGGAGAUCUUCCAUCGACGGUCACCGCAGCUCCGCCACCACCCAACCUCCCGCCAUGGGUCUUAACGAGCUCGGCCUUAAUGAGGUACCUUAACGAGCUUUCUGUGGGCUCUAAUGUGAUCCUGAUCAGAGAAUAAAAUUUCAGAGAGAGGAAGGAAGAGAGAGAGGAAACCUGCUGAGAGAGGAAGGAAGGAAGGAAGGAAGGAAGUAGAUAAUGAUAUCCUGAAAUUUGUGAAGCAAAAAAAGCUUACCAGAAAUUCCAGUGAAAAAACAGACAGCUAAUCAAAUCCUUUACACAGUGAAACAUCAACAGUUUUUCAUAAUGAUGUCCUCUGUAUGGUACGGUGGUCCAAAUGGUCAAAUGCUAAAAAGAUUUCCAGGAAUAGAAGCUCCGUUUUUGAAACAGUCUUUAUGUUUCCGAAUACAUUCUGUCCUUAAAUGUUUAAAUGUUUACAAGUUUUAUGAAACGUCUUUGUGUCUCUACUGUACUUUGUAUUUUGUUUAAAGUUUUUUCAUCUCAAAGAAGUCUGGCUGUAGACCCCACAUCUCAGACGCUACAUCUUGCAGACCCGUACUGUGAAGAAGCCUCUGUCAGGAAGGAAGUGAUGUAAUGUGCUGGUCUAGCGUAUUUCCUGUUUUAGAAGUAGUUAGACAAAUGGAGGCUCACUCUGACCAUGGUAGCUUUGUUAGAAUUUUCAUUAAGGACCGCUUUAUUCUUCUAAGCAGACGGGUUAGUCAGCCUUGUUCUCUUCUGGUCCUAACCCAGAGCAACCCAGCAACAUUAAAUCGUUUAGAACCAUCAUUGAUUAUCAACCAUUAGAAAAGCCGAACUUUAAAAGGAUCCAUAAAAACCUUUUAACUAGAAAACAUUACAUACACAGUAGUACUGAGGAAACCUGCCCCCUAGUGGACUAAAACAUCCCCACUCAUACUAGAGAGUACACCUUUAUUUAGCAGUAUUUUUUACACUGUUUGAUCUUUGACUGCAGAGAGAAGUCUGGCCAUAAAGACCAGGUCUUGGUCUUACACUGGAACCCCGUCGUUGAAUCUGAGAUGUCAUCCUCGCUGCAGGGCUGAAGGCAUCAGCUGGUGUUGUUCGCCUUGCCAUUACCUUAACUGGAGGUUUAAUCUGGUUUUAUUUUGAAAGUUUUAGUGUGUGUUUCCUCCUGACAGAGAUGGUGUCUUACAGGUCUGCAAAAGAGGGUGUCUGAGAUCUGCAGUCUGCAGCCGGACUGGGCUGUUUCAAAAAAUUGUUUCCUGCUUCAUCAAAUCUUUUUCAAAUCUUUUUUUUUUUUUUUGUCCAUUUCAUAAAUUUUUGUGUUUUAAAAAACUGUUCCUGCAUCUCAUUUUUUGUAAGUAAAACGUUUUUAGAAUUUUCAGUUUUAUGAAUUUUUUUUGUUGUAGUUUCAUUGAAUAUUUUCUAGUGCCACAAAAUGAUUUUGCAUCUCACAGAAGGUUUUUUUUUUCAGGUUUCAUUGACUUUUCCUGUUUCAAUUUAAGCUCAUUUUUUUUUUCAUUUUGGGAAUUAUUCAAAUAUUUUGUUCACAUUUAUUUUCAUCCUUCAUAAAAUUUUCCUUCAUCACCCAAAAAAUGUUUUUGUUGCAUGAUUUUUUUGUUUCCCAAAGUUCUUUUUGAGUUUUAUGAUGCACUUUUGCAUUUCACUUUUGAUUUUCGUGUUUUUAUUAAAUUAUUUUGCAUCUUGCCAUUUUUUUUAAACAUCUGGUUUCACAGUCUUUUUGUGUGUCAUGAUAUUUUUGUAUUUUUUAAAUGUUUUCAUUCAGUGGAAUGUUUUUGCAGUUGACUUUUUGGGCCACCGUACCACAGAGUCCCAGCGAUGACUUAAAGUAAUCAAUGUUUUUUUUUUUGUCUAAUGUUACAAGUUAGAAUAAAAAACAUGACAGUAUUGUCACUGAAUCAUCGGCCAAUCACAUCAGACUUUCCUCACUGAUAAAACUCAGAGAAGUACACAUAAAAACGUGAGGGAAAUAAUUCAUACUUUUUUCGGGGCAAUAAAAGAGCAGCAGGUCAAUGUCUCCUCUGAGCCUCCAUACAACAGACCUCUGACACUGGCGUGGGUGUUGGAGUUUAGCUGUAGCUGUUUAACCAUUGGUGGCUGGCAGUUGGCGUUGGAGUUUAGCCGUAUGCGUUGGUGGUUGGUGGUGCGGUGGCUGUGUGAAACCUCAUAUCUCUGUUUUCGUCUUUCCGGGGCCUUAACACUCAAAAUGACUCAAAUUCAACCCUCCAUUUUUUUGGCGUGACCUUCAGAUGAGCCCGCCCACUCAGAGCCGCUGUUUUCAGAUUUAGUUGGCGAUUUCUGUCCCAGGAGAUAUGAGGUUUUGUUGCCAUGGCGGCGCAGUUAAAGCGUUGGAUUUCUGGGUGGCGUUUGUUGGGAGAGCGAGUAUACUUCCUCUGCUGUGAUGGCGUUUACCUUCUGUACAGACGAUGUGAUUCUCUGCAUGCACGGUUUGUGUUUUUGUGUUUCGGCUUCGGCCUCUGCUGCGUUUUGAUGUUCGCGGUGGCGCUCGGCGGACUCUGCCCAGUUAGCCUUGCUAGCAUCCCUCAUUGGGAGCUGUGGCGUCUGCUAGCCGCGAGCUAACGAAACGUCAGCAGUGCCGUCUUUGAUAUUCUGCGGUUUUUGACCCGUUGUGUUCGUCUGGGACGCUUACAGCAGCUUUUUACCGUCAGGAGAAUGUAGAACUUUGUACAAUCAGAUUCUUACCAAGAUGACGAUAUUAUUAUGAUUAUUAUUAUUAUUAUUGAUUGAUCGGUAUCUGGCGUUUGUAUAUUAAAGCUUUUUAAUGUUGGACUCGGCUCGUGUGAAUCACCCUGUAGAGAUCACUUAGUGUUUAUCAGCUUUUUUUCUGUUGGUAUGAUAUGCAGUAUAGCGUGUGACACCAGUUUCCUUAGCAACGCUGAAUGUGUUCGCCCCGGCGCCGCUGCCUUUUUUUUUUGUUUGUUUUACUUGACAUCUCUGCGCCAUUUGGUGUCCCAGCUCGAAAACACACUGUCCAGGUUUCCCAUUGACCUUUGACCUUUCAGGCUAGAUGGAGGAACCACCUGUUUGAGGACAAAUCCAACCCCAAUUAGAUUUUUAAAAAGCCAUGAAAAAGCCAUAAAAAGACAUGGUUUUAAAAAAAAAACCCUAAUUGGAUUAAAAAAAAUUUUGAUUCUGUAAAACUAAUUCUUUUGUAUUUUAAAAUAACCUGAUAAAAAACUUUUUUUUUAAAUAAUUUGAUUAAAAAACAAAUUAAAGAAAAAAACCUAUGAAACCCCAUUUAGAUACAAAACUUUUUUUUUUUUUUUAAACCCAAGUAGAUCAAAAACCGAAUGUUUCAGAGAAUAUUGUUUUUUGUUUCUGGAUGUAAAAAAUUAAGAUCAAAGAACAGAACACAGAUAAUAUAACAUUCUUUUCUGCCCUGUAUGUGUGGCCUGGUGCAGAUGUUGUGAAUAAAAGAAUGUUACAUCCCCAGUUUUCUGUUCUUUAAUCUUCCUUUUUAAUUUCUAAACACAACAAAACAAAUAAAAAUGAACCGUUUUUCUUUUAUAUUUUUUAAAUUUAUUUAUUUUUGGAUUUUUAUUUUUUGUUUGUUUUUGUAUUUUCAACUUAAAUGAAAUAACUGACGGGGUUAUUGGCUUUAUUUGGACUUGCAUGCUUUAUUGGGAAAUAUUUAUAUUCCUCAUAGGGUCACAUGUUUUCCUGUUCUUCCAGUUUUUCUUUAAAACAAGAAAUCAAAAAAAAAGAAAAAAAAAACAGAUGGAACAACAAAAUAAUAAAAUUGGACCCAUUCAAGAAAACAUAUUUCUGUUUUUGUUACUCAAAUGGAAGAAAUGAGACGAAUGAAUGUUUUGUUUAUUCCAGAACAAUAGCUAAAUGGCUUUGUUUUUCUUUAUUUUAUUUUAAAUGGAAAUUUGAAAACAAACGUGACUUUCUGUGGAUUUCUGAGGAUCAAAAUUGAGCUGUCUGAAAGUACACUGAUCCUGGGGGCAGGUUUUUUCUGUGUUUUCUUUCCUUUUUUUUAAUGGUUACUGGUAGAAAGCUUGUUUCGUGAUUUUAAAAUUAAGACUCUGACUAUAUACAGCAUGAAUUAUCAUGUCGACGUGGCCUUAGAGAAUCAGGUCUCUAUUUCUUCUAAAUGGCUUUUGACCAGAGUUGUAAUGAGUGUGUGCAUAACGCUGCCAUCAAGUGAAGUUGUGAACCCCAUGAUAGGGGGGCGUUUAUAUGGUCUGAACACAGUAUACAUGACCCUAAUUGAAGGCUCUGUAAGUUUCUGUUUUCCAUGGGAACCCUGAACAAAAUAAAAGGUUCCGUCCUAAAAUGUUUAAUUUUUGGUCAACCAUGAACUUCCUGUUUCAUGGCGCUGUUGUCAUGUAAAGAUGAAACAAAUUAAAGGUUCCAUCCUCAGAUAUAACGCUAUAUAAAUGUUUGUCAACCUUGAACUUCCUGUUUCAUGGCGCUAUUGUCAUGUAAACAAAUAUAAUUAAAGUUUCCGUCCUCAGUUUAAACAACAUAUAAAUGUUUGUCAACCUUUAACUUCCUGUUUAAUGGCGCUGUUAUCAUAUAAAGAACUAUAAUACAAGGUUCUGUCCUCAGUUUAAACAACAUAUAAAUGUUUGUCAACCUUGAACUUCCUGUUUCAUGGUGCUGUUAUCAUGUAAAGAAAUACAAUAAAAGGUUCCGUCCUCAGAGAAAACAUCAUGUUACUGUUAGUCAACCUUGAACUUCCUGUUUCAUGGUACUGUUAUCAUGUAAAGAAAUACAAUAAAAGGUUCCGUCCUCAGAUAAAACAACAUAUUACUGUUAGUCAACCUUGAACUUCCUGUUUCAUGGCGCUGUUAUCAUGUAAAGAAAUAUAAUAACAGGUUCUGACCUCAGAUAAAACAACAUAUAAAUGUUUGACAACCUUAAACCAGGGUGGUUUAUGCCUUGACAGUGUGAUCUCAGACUGGACUCUAGAUGGCGCCUGCAGACUGAAUGGCUGUUUUUCUACACUAGACUGGCGUGUGUUUUCUAAAGCUCACCUUAAACCUUUUCUGACACUUGAAAGUUUGAUUUGUGGUUGGUGGAAGUCUUUGAGACGCUGCCUGCUGAUAUCUGAGAUGUCAUUUUUUAAAAACUCUUUUUGGUGUUAAUGCUUGAAACUGAAGAACUCAUCUUAAAGCAGAUUUAUUCUACGAACAGAUGCUACGAUGUUUAUUUCCUGUUUCUACCAGUGAGUGUGGCUGCUUCAUAUUUAUCCUCAUCCAUCCAAAGCACCGACUUCCAACCUUGAAUGUCCGUCUGACUGAAAUCUCUUUUCUAAUUGGCUCAGACCGACAGCUUCACAUCUGUACCUGAUGCUAAAGCUUCGAGGUGGAAGUCUCUGUUUUAAACUGCAGCUGUGAGCGCUCACCGGCCACGGCGGGAUACGACACUGGGGGAGGAGGAGCUUCAGUUGCUGCUGAGCAUUGUUAGCAAUCAUUGGCUGUUCGCUACCAAAUGGCUGGUUCUGAGCAUGAGCUAAUCUCAGCUAGCAGCAUGUGUGGAUUAUGAAAAAUGAAAAACUCAGAUGCAUUUGAUUGAUUUUGCAGGACUAUGGUAGAGUUUCUUUGGGGCAGCAGAAGCAUUUGUAUUUUUCCAGCUCAUGUCCCUUAAGGGCCUCCGUAGAAAUCUUAUUCAGAUGAAAGUCUCCCACCGUGGCAAUAUGAAAAUCUACUUGACUAUAAAGGUUUAAAACUGUCUGAAGCUCCUCCAUCAAUGAUCUUUAAUCUUUGGAUUUAAUUCAGAAAGACAAAUAAGAACAAAAUAAUCCAUCAAUAAAAUAUCCAACAAUAAUAAACAUGUUUACAUUUCUGGAUAUUAGCAGGUUUUAUUUUGUUUGGUCAGAAUAAAAUCCAAAGCGUCUCCUCUUGGUCUUGUGUCGGCCGUGUCAGCGCUCUGCAGAUCCAAUAAUCAGCUCGAUCACUCACUCAGCUUUUCUACUAUGAUCAAUAUUGUACUGUACUGUAUUAACUGAAGCUGCAUGCUCUGUGUGUAACCGUGUGAGCGAGCGACAGAGAGAGAGAGAGUGUUUUUAACCUUUUUGUAGUUUUUUGGAGUAUUUCUUCUGCAUCGUGUUUAAAGUGCUUCUGUAAAUAAACGGAGGUGGUCAAAC